AUGGAGAAGAAAUCUGAGCUCAUGGGCAAGUAUGAUGUUGCCGAGGACUGUGCCUUGGGCAGUGUAGUCAUGGACGACAAGAAGCUGGUGCGCAAAAUUGACUACCACGUCUUACCCAUUAUGUUCUUGACAUAUUUCUUGCAAAUGAUUGACAAGAUUUCCAUCAAUUAUGCAAACGUGAUGGGAAUGCAGGAUGACCUGGGAAUGACUGGAAACGACUUCUCAUGGCUUGCAACGUCGUUCUUUAUUGCAUAUGCUGUGGCGGAAAUUCCUCAGGGUGCCCUUCUGCAAAAAUUUCCCAUUACCAAGGUUCUCGGAGCCAAUGUCUUUUGCUGGGGUGUAAUCCUCUGUUGUUCGUCAGCUGCCUCUAACUUCUCUCAUAUGCUUGCGUUGAGAAUCCUCCUAGGAUUGAUGGAGGCUGUUAUUGCACCUUCUCUUACCAUGUACACUAGUAUGUGGUAUACUCGAGCAGAGUCCACACCGCGCUACGGGUUCUGGUACUGUGGUUUGGGCGUUGGGCAAAUCAUCGGUGGACUGAUUUCUUUUGCUGCUCAACAUGCCCCUGCAAAGUUGGCUUUCGGAGGCUGGCGCAUCAUGUUUGUAGCAGUUGGUGCUGUCAAUGUCUUGGUAUCUAUGCUUGUGAUAUUUAUUCUUCCCAACAGCCCCGAGAGCGCCAAAUUCCUGACUGAAAGUGAGAAGCUACGAAUUGAUCAGCGUUUGACCGAUGAUUCAGCUGGCGUUGGGCUCAAGGUCUUCCGCUGGCGGUCUAUUCUUGAAGCAUUUGGAGAUCUGCAGACGUGGAUGCUCGUCUUGCUCACAAUCCUCAUCACAAUUCCCAGUGGCGUCAUAACUACAUUCUCGGCUAUCCUCAUCAAAGGAUUCGGAUACAGCUCCAAGGAAAGCGCUUUACUGAACAUGCCUUCGGGUAUCGUGAGCAUCGUGGCAACCAUGGUGUCUACAUAUACAAUCUCAAAAGGCUUUUCGAGAUGGCUGGCGAUCGAUUUGCUAUUGCUUCCAACCCUUCUGGGAUCCUGCUUGAUGUCCUUCCUUCCAUCUGAGAAUCAAGCUGGCUGUUUGGCCGGUAUUUAUCUCGUCAAUACGACCGUCGCACCCCUAGCCCUUAUCUAUGCAUGGACAGGAGCCAACUACCGGGGCUUCACAAUGAAGGUCUCUGGUGCUGGAAUUGUCGCUGCAGGCUUCAGCAUUGCGAACAUCGUUGGCCCUCAGACUUUCCAAGCCAAAGAUGCGCCCCAGUACAUACCGGCAAAGAUCACCAUUGUAGCGGUUAACGCUGCUGCUAUUGCGGUUUCUACGGCCCUGAGGAUGUUGUAUGGAAGGCGUAACGCAGUUGCUGAUCGACUUGGUACACCGGCACGUAGUCGGAUAGAGACACGAUUGGCUAGUAAGGGGGCCGUUCGCGACACGCAAGACGAUGACAAUUUCCGCUAUGUGUAUUGA